AUGGCGGAUGGCAAAAAAACCCCCCUUGGCCAGGCAGCAACCCGCCGCAGCUCCAGAGUAGCCUCUGCAUCCAAGAGAGAGGAGCCAGAGACGCCCAUGUCUAUGCCAAAGAGACAGGUAAACAUCAUGGUGGCCAUCCCAGUGAAAAAGGGCAGCCUCUCGGCCUCAGCCUCAGCCUCAACCACCUCGACCUCGGCCUCGUCCUCCACGGCCGGCCAGAGUCCCGUUGGGUACAGCACGCCCGCUACUACGGCCACUGCAACGCCGAACAAUGAGCCAGAGUCGAGCACUAGAGCCUCGAGAAGAGUCAAUGCUACUGCUCGUGCUCUAGAGUUGAGGAACAGCUCCCUCAGCUUGAACAGCAGGAAGAGAACAGCCAACGCCAGCAGCAGCAGACCAAAUACGAUUGACGAUGAGAAACUGGCUGCUGCACUCCAGGCUGAAGAGUACAAUGCCAGACCUACUGCGAAGAAACAGAAGAUCACCCGUGGCAGCUCAAAAGCUAGGCCUGUCAUACCUGAUUCUGAGUCUGACUCUGAGCAAGAGUCAGAGUCAGAGUCAGAGCCAGAGUCAGAUUCAGAAGAGUGGUUCAGCAUAAAUGAGGAGGUUAUCAAAAAUACUCCCAAGAAGCCAUCUAAGAGAACGGCCAGGGGCUAUCGAGAAGACUCACCCUCAGACGCCGACCAGAAUAGCGUGGUGGGCAUGGUGACUGACUCCAUGGACUCGAGCCAGCUGUCAGACAUAAGCUCAAUCUCAGACUCAGAAGACUCAGAUGAUUUAGCCCCGAGUUUAGACCGGAGUGCCCGCUUUCGUCGCCUGCAACGUUCAUUAGAAGCAAGCAAACCUACAAGGGCUCAGAAGGAACGGAUCAAGCUUGAGAGACAACAUCCCCAAAUUAUAGAUAUGUGGGAGAAGCUAGAUCAGAAACCUAUCCUGACGCCCCCUCCUGCUGCUCAGCCAGAAGGCAUUAAUAGGAAGUUGAAGCCCUUCCAGCUCGAGGGACUUAGCUGGAUGCUAGCCCAGGAGGAGUCGGAGUGGAAGGGAGGCUUGCUUGGAGACGAGAUGGGCAUGGGCAAAACUAUUCAGGCUGUCUCUCUGCUGAUGUCAGACUAUCCUGUUGGAAAGCCCUCGUUGGUCGUCGUCCCUCCUGUGGCCUUGAUGCAAUGGCAGGCCGAAAUAGAGUCCUAUACCGACGGCAAGCUGAAAGUGUUUGUCUACCAUAACGCCAAUUCCAAGGUCAAGGACGUCAAAGCUAAAGAACUCAAGACCUACGACGUCAUCAUGGUAUCAUAUUCCGGUUUAGAAUCAAUGUAUCGCAAGGAAACCAAGGGCUGGAAACGAGACGGUGGACUGGUUAAAGGCACCAGCAUGCUUCACUCCAUUGAAUUCCACCGCCUCAUCCUCGAUGAAGCCCAUAAUAUCAAGCAGCGUACCACCAGCGUGGCCAAGGCCUGCUUCGCGCUAAAGUCAACGUACAAGUGGUGUCUGUCUGGAACCCCCGUGCAGAAUCGAAUCGGCGAGUUCUUCUCUCUUCUUCGCUUCUUGGAAAUCAAACCGUUUGCAUGCUAUUUCUGCAAGAAUUGUCCCUGCGAGGCUCUCCAUUGGACGCAGGACACACAAAAGAAGUGCACUCUUUGCAAUCAUAGUGGAUUCAACCAUGUCUCCGUAUUCAACCAAGAGAUUCUCAACCCAAUUACCGAGACUCGAGGCAACGAUGAAAAGCGCAAGGACGCCUUGAAGAAACUGCGCCUUCUCACUGACAGAAUCAUGCUUCGACGAGUAAAGAGAGACCAUACUUCGUCCAUGGAACUUCCCCCAAAGAGAAUCGAAAUUCACCGCGAGUUCUUUGGAGAGAUAGAGCAAGAUUUCUCCCGAAGCAUCAUGACCAACACUACCCGCCAGUUCGACCGCUACGUCAGCCGCGGAGUCAUGCUCAACAACUAUGCCAAUAUUUUCGGCCUAAUCAUGCAGAUGCGCCAGGUAGCUAAUCAUCCAGACCUGAUCCUCAAGAAACACGCAGAAGGCGGCCAGAACAUCCUGGUCUGCUGCAUCUGCGACGAGCCCGCCGAGGAACCAAUUCGUUCCCGAUGUAAACACGAAUUCUGCCGCCAGUGCGCAAAGGAGUACAUGGCCUCGGUCCAGUACGGCUCCGAGCCAGACUGUCCACGCUGCCACCUGCCGCUCUCCAUCGACUUUGAACAGCCCGAUAUCGAACAAGAUGAAAGCGGCGUCAAGAAGAACUCCAUCAUCAACCGCAUCAAAAUGGAGAACUGGACCUCUUCAACCAAGAUCGAGAUGCUGGUCUUCGACCUGUGUCAACUACGAAACAAGAAACGCACCAACAAGUCCAUCGUCUUCUCGCAGUUCACCUCCAUGCUGCAGCUGGUUGAAUGGCGACUACACAGAGCAGGUAUCAGCACCGUCAUGCUAGACGGCAGCAUGUCGCCUGUCCAACGACAGCGGUCCAUCGACUAUUUCAUGAAAAACGUCGAUACAGAGGUAUUCCUCGUCUCUCUCAAGGCCGGUGGUGUCGCUCUCAACCUCACCGAAGCCUCACGGGUAUUCAUCGUCGAUCCAUGGUGGAACCCAGCUGCAGAAUGGCAAUCCGCCGACCGAUGCCAUCGAAUCGGCCAACGACGCCCCUGCGUGAUCACCCGUCUGUGCAUCGAAGAUUCCGUCGAGUCUCGCAUGGUCCUGCUGCAGGAGAAAAAAGCCAACAUGAUCAACGGCACGAUUAACAAGGACCAAAGCGAGGCGCUAGAGAGGUUGACGCCAGAGGACAUGCAGUUCCUCUUCCGCGGAAACUAAUCUCUCCCCAUAACCAAUUUAGAUGACUUUGUAUGUGUACAUAUAUGAAACUGAAACGUUUGAUAUGUUUGGUUCAGGAACAGCAAGCUUUAGGUUGUUCCUGAAAGUUGUCCACUCAACCUUGGGACCUGGCUAGAGGUGGCGAAGUCCAAACGUGGUGAAGUUGACCUGUUGAGCCCCUGAAGAGAAUGGCCGACCUGGUUAGUGAGGAUGGGCACGCCCGCCGUCGAUCAGCGGCAGCAAGUAGACACCGUGUCUAUCCCCCGAUAAGGUGCCAUGGCGGAGGGAUCAGGAUCAGACGGCUAGAUAGACGGGCUAGAUGAUGUAACUACCGCUGCUAGGUCCUCCAUUAGUCUCAAGUCCUGAUAGUUCCUGUUGUUAAGUCCAUCUUUUCAUCCCUUGAGAGCAGCCAAGAAGCAGUUCAGGAGAAUAACACGGGGUGGCCAGUGCGUCCUCACAUCCAACUAACGACUCCUCCUAACUGCGACUCCUUUGACAUCACCAACAUCCAUCGUGCAACGACAGGAAUAGCCACUCUUACGACUGCAGCUGAGCCACCCAACACUCAAUCGUCUAUCCAACAGAGUAACCUAACGCGCAAUGCGACGGCCAGCGGAUGACCCCGCCAGAAAAUUAUUCGACUCCAUCAGCCUGACACGCACCUCCUGUAACCACAGAAACCGCUGGCACCCUCUGCCGGCCUUCUUCUCAUUGCAUAUGCGCGCAGCCGGCAAACUAACUCGUAACGCGCAUGCACUUGCUCAU